GGAAGACUCUCAGAACGCCUCAAGAACCGCUGCUAACAGAACGUCUGGCCGCUUUGAAGCAAAACACAAAGACUGCCGAUAAAGGGCGGCGAGUAAGUCAGCACAAUGGAGAAUCACCAGAAGAGGACUCUAACUUUCCUUACCAUCGGAUUGAUAUUCAUGCUGAGCGGGAUAGAGUACGCCGUCAUUCUACCCACAAUAUGGAGGUAUCUGCAGAUUCUGGAGGCUCCACCUUACUUCUUAGGUCUGGGCCUGUCUGCCUUCAGCCUGAGCGCGCUGCUCACCGGUCCUCUUUUUGGAGUCUGGUCGGAUCGAAGCAAAACCACCAAAUCCAUCAUCCUGUUCUCCAACCUCUUUGAAAUCGCUGGUAACUUCAUGUAUUUUAUUGGCUAUUCAAAGUGGCUGUUAUUAUGCAGUCGGCUUGUAGCAGGUGUGGGUGCAGGAGCAGGCUCCUCCAUCUUUGGCUUCCUAACCCGGAGCACUCUGCCAGAGGAGCGCGCCGGUAUCUUCGCAGCCAUCAUGGCCUGUCGUCAGGCCGGCCUUCUCGUCGGCCCGGCGUUCAACUUGUUCCUGCGGCUGUGUGAUUUCAAACUGGGGCCCUUUGCUGUGAACAAGUACACGUCUCCUGGGAUCUUCAUGUGUCUGCUGUGGACGCUGCUUCAGUUCGUCGUCCUGGCCGGGUACUGGGACGUACCGCCCAUAAGCUCGCAGGGGGGAGUCGUCCUGUUGGAGAUGAAACAAGAGGAGGAAGAGGAGGCGCCCCUGAUGGGGUCAGACGAGGAGGAGGCGCGUACCUACAGAGCCGUCGACUCCGACCAAUCGGAGACUUCGUUCGCGUCGCAGAGAGCCCAUGAAACCUCAAACCCUUUUAAAAACUUCAGCAUCAGCAAUGAGUUCCUGAGAGAAGAAGUGGUUGUUCUCCUUACGGCUCAGUUCAUCACUCUAUUCAACCAGACAGCGCUGGAGACCAUGGUGACCCCUCUGACGCAGCGCUACUUCAGCUUCGGCGAGCUGGGCAACAGCGUGAUGUACGGCCUGUGUGGGGUUGAGGUCAUCACGGGCUUCUUCUUCGUGCGCUGGCUGAGCAGCAGGGUUGCGGACCGCGUGGUGCUGGCCGCUGGCCUGGUCAUCUGCUCCACCGCCUGUAUCUGGUGCCUCGUUUUCGUCUGCAAGCCCCGAGGUGGAUUUGAGUGGCAGCUUUCAACUUUCAUAGUGGGAGUUUUCCUGCAGCUGCUGGGGCUUCCGUUCGUGGCUGUGUCUCAGGUGUCGCUCUUCUCCAAGGUCACUGCUGAGAAAACUCAAGGGUUCAGCCAAGGUGUCCGGCGCUCCGUCGGAGGCCUGGCUACCAUCUUGGGUCCUUUGUGGGCCGGAGGAUUGACCAACAACUUGUACAUAAUGCUGGGCCUGAUGCUGGCUCUGCUUGUCAUGAUCACAGUUAUGACAGUCCUGUCCUACGAGCGGCUGGCCGAGCCGAGGGUGGUGCAGUGUGCCCAGAGCGCCGACAGCGGAGGGUAGAGGGGAGAGGAGCGGGCCGAGACGGACCGGGGCCGGGGGGGGGGGACGUCCUUCACUUCAGAGAGAAUAAAUCCAAGUUUCCUGAAGAGGAAAGCGCAUGAGCGCGGAAUAAAGACGAUCAAAAAGCUUUGCACACCGUCUCCCCCACCAGCCUGCAUUAGGAUGAACCGCAUUAUUCAUAUUACCACCAGAUAAUUAAUUACAUUUUACACAAGGGGGCACCAUUGCUCUCACGUUGAGUACUUACAGACAUAAUUGUAGAUGAAAGCUAUUAUUUUUAAGGAGAACUAUUUAUACUCCCCUGUGUAAGUGGGAAAAAAAAGCUGUUUUUUUUUUUCUUUCUUCCUUUCCUGUGCGACCCGUGUAUCAGAAAUGUGUUUUUUUUUCUUCCCCCUGUGAAGAGGAAAGCGCGGAAAAUGAAACGGUUGACACAAUGAGUGCAGAAAGUGGAGUUGUCAACAUCUCAGCGGCUUCGUGUCAAGAAAGCUGACAGGAGAAGAGGGUCAAAGACAGUGAUUCUUCACCGAUUUAUACCUUUCUCUUUUUUUUCCUAAAAAGAGGGGGGGAAAAGCGGAACACACACACACACACACACACACACACCCAAAAAGACUUGCAUGUAAUUACACCAUGUUAUCUGAAUUCCUUCCUGUUCGGCUUGCACAAAUGAGACACUCAUGAAGUUUCAAAAAAAAAAAAAAAACUCAAUACAAUAAAAAAUACUUGCUAAAUUGCCAAUUCUAUCCUUUUAACUAAAGGGAGCAAAUAAAAUUUUAACAAUAUACAUUCAUAAUUUACUUUUUGACAAGGUGUGAGUAGUGUACAGUCAGCUGUUCUUGCCUGUGUUCUCCUCUAGGAUGUGCUGCGCUACACAUCAGCAGACGAGGGAGCAAUGCUGUAAGCAACAUCAAGGCAUUGUCGAUUCUCUUUGUAGAAACGAGUGUUGGUUCGGCUAGUCUCUGUGUUUUUGCAUAAUUGCAGAUAAGGCUCAGUAACCUUUCCAGUUUUCCUCGCUCAGCAUGUGAUAUUUGCCUCCUUUUUUUUUUUUUUUUUUGCCCAAAAUGGAAAUUCUAAUCUCUGGGACUCAAGGACAUAAUAUAUAUAAGUACUUUUCUGCCCUGAUCAGCGUAUUGAGGUGCUUGACAUUUUAAGGGAGAUAACAGAGUGCACAGAUUCGGGUCAGGCUAGAAUGUGACUCACUUUGAACAGCGGCUCUGUCUUCCAGGACGCGUCUCUCCUUUCCACUGACGAAAACAGACAGUUUACGGUGAACCUGCAUUUCAAUCUGCGGGGAUUUAUUUUUCAUUUGGAUAUUUAUGGCUGAGAAGAAGAAGGGGGGGAAAAAGCACAGCUAGAUAGCAUUUAGAAAUAAAUAAACAAAACUGCUUUAUUCUGCUCUGACAGAAGCUUAACAAACCUGCUGAGUAACUCGCGUCGCUGCUGUCUUUUUGUUUGCUGUUUUGCCAUCAUUCUGUGAACAUUUCAAAAGCAACGCGGCGUUUUUAAAAGGCGGCAUGCGGUUCGCUCCACGUCCAAACGGAGAUAAACGAGGAAGUCGGAGGGCCUUCGUGGCUUCACAUGAACCGAACCAGCCGGCUCAGCAGCCGCGGCGAUGAACAUUUUUUUAAAAAAAAGAUACACAGAACAACCAUUUGAUGUAGGGGCAACCAAUUAUUUCUGUUAGCCAAGGACAGGCGUGCGUCGCUAUGGAGAUGGGACUUUGCAAAGGAUGGUGGUGGUGGUGGGGGAGUUAGCCAGGGAGAGUGGACGCAGUGGAUGUUUUGGUGGAACCUGUUCCUGCCACUGAGAUGAAGCAGAUACGGCGCAGUAAUUACAGUUUUCCUCCUCUGCUGGAAGGAACGUUUCUUCUUUCAGUUCAACAUUCCAUUAGGAAGACAAUAAAUAAAAGGCUCUGUACACUGUACUGGGUUUUCAACCCUUUUUAAAAAAUAUAUAUAUAUAUAUGAUGACAAUGUUCUGAUGAAUGAAGGUCUGCACGGUGGAAAGAAUAGGUCAGAUAAUUACAGAAAGAGGAAGCUUGGAUCGUCUCAAGUGGGUUCUGUAAAGAAGUUGUGAAUCAUUACUAUCUUACCUUCGGUAGAUAAGCGUUUUAUAUACAGUUUGGAUUAAAGAAAAGAAAAUGCGCAGCCUGGGAGAGCUGGUGAUUUGUCAGGGCCGCAAAUUUCUUCCAUCUGAAAAGAGUGGAAACAGAUUAGCAAACACUAUAUUACUGCAGUCUGCACAGGCCUGCAGCUCGCCACACACUAUGUCACCUACUGCAAAAUUGAACAGAUUAAGUGUUUCUAGCGAGAUAAAAAAAAAGGAGAAGAAAAUCAAUAAAAUAGCAACCGUUCUAUAAUAUCUUUAUUUUUUUACCCUACAUGUCUGCUUUGUUGCACAAUUUGUGUUUCACCCAAGUAUUCUGUACUGUGAAGUUUCACUGUCUUUGUUGGACGGAUGUUCCGAUCCAGUCCAAGGCAUCAUCUCAGGUUUCCAAUCAAGGCCUUUUAAAUUACUUUUGUCCGAACAUCUCAUUAAACUUUUGGACCCUUUU